AUGUCGGAACUGAGCACAGAGGAGCGCAUCAAGCUCGCCGUCUCUUUCAUUGAGCAGAGCCCUCCCGGCGAGGUUAACGAUGUUGUCAAUGAUAUUCGCGCGGUCAUCGGCGACGAUGACGCCCUUAUGCCCCAUGCUGUACCCGCGCUGCGCGCAUACAAUCUGGCGCAACUCCAGGUUGUCGAGCACGCCGCAUCGGACGGCGUCGAAGCACACUCUUCCCUCCUCUCCGACGCCACUAUCGUCCCAAACUCAUCGCCCGAGCGGUUCUACGACCACCCCAACCGCACCUUCGUCUUCGACCACGUAACCCUGCUGCCCUCGGACUAUCAGCCCAUCGCGCUCCCCGAGGCCGACGAGACUUUCCGCGCGGUUCUGGCCGAGUCGCUGGGCAAGUACGCGCGGAACCACUUCCCCAGCGGCCAUGCGUCGGUCUCUACCGACCAGGUGCCUCUUCCGCCUGUCGCCCCUCCCGCAUCGCCAGUUGCGGACGAGGCGACUGCCUCUGGGCUUGCGACGCCUGCCGAGCGCGAUCAGCCGGGCAUGAGGGAAGAGGAGCCGACUCCCCUCAUCGGCGGCAGGACCCCGGCGGCGGAGGAUGAGGUAGACGCCGAGGGGGGAUUGAGCAAGCUUGACGAGGCCGAGUCGGACGCUAUGGACACAGGGGCUUCGGAGAGAGACAUUGCCGGCCGCGUGGAGGUCGAGCCCACGCCAGUCGUGGGCCAGCGUCCCCUCGACGCCAAGGAUGAGGUGGACGCCGAGGGUGGCCUGGCCGUGCUCGACGAGGAAGUCGCGGAAGUAAAGGCGGAAGGGGCGGCGCAGGCGGAGCGCGAGCACGAGGAGAAGGAGGCGUACGCGCUGGCCGCCGAGGACGCCGAAGACGCCAUCGACAUCGACGCGGCGUCGCCCGCGGCCGGCAGCUCUCCGCCGUCCGCUUCGGCAGCACAGCUUCCAGCCAGUGCUCCGGCUCCCGUACACACGCCCCUGGACAACCCGAAGUUCACGCUCGAGAUCGUGGGCAACCGCUUCAACCCGUCCAACUUCUGGACGGGACGGUGGCGUACGCGCUGGGUCGUGGACCGCGCUGCGCGCACCGUGUCGGGCACAAUCCGCGUCGACGUACACUACUACGAGCAGGGCAAUGUGCAGCUGUCGACGGAGCACCGCGCGGCCUUCGAGCUGCCCGACGGCGAGGACGCGGCGCUCGCCUCGGCCAUCGUGAGCAACAUCGCCCGCGUCGAGACAGAGUACCAGCUCGAGAUUGGCGACGUGUACGCCGGCCUCGGCGACAAGGCGUUCCGCGCGCUGCGUCGCGCUCUGCCCGUCACGCGCCAGCGUGUUGACUGGGACAAGGUUAGCGGGUACUCGAUUGGGAGCGACCUGUCCAAGGCCUUCGCAUAG